AUGGCAUCCUUGAUUGUGCAUGCAAGUGUUUCAUUGAUCUUACAUAUUUUAUUAAUAGUCUAUGGAGAUUUUCAUGAUAAACAGUUUGCUGACGAUGGGCCUUUAUAUACGGAUGUUGACUAUCGUGUUGUAACCGAUGCUGCGAAAUAUGUUUUACAAAAUGAAAGUCCAUAUCGGCGAACAACGUAUCGCUAUACACCAAUACUUGCUUAUUUAGUAACACCGAAUUUAUUUCUUCAUGAGUAUUGGGGAAAACUUCUAUUUUCCAUUUGUAAUGUCUUUGUGGGUUUAUUAAUUGGAUGGAUUUUACCAAUAAAUCAGCAAAAAUAUGCAUUACUUUGGUUUUACAAUCCUAUGUCUGCUGUUCUAGCUACGCGUGGAAGUUACGAAUCAAUGGUCGCUGCUCUUGUACUUGCAAUGCUCUACAAUGCUAAACAAUCUAAUGAACGAACUUGGAUUACAGGAAUUCUGCUCGCAUUAGCAACUCAUUUUAAAAUCUAUCCAGUAAUCUAUUCGCUUGCACUCUACUUCCAUGUUGAUGGUAAAUUGUCAUUACAUCCAACAUAUCGUCGUUUUCAACUUGUUUUUUCUUUUCUACUAACAACAUUGAUGUUUAAUGGUAUUUUCUAUUAUUGUUAUGGUUAUACAUAUUUACAUGAAACAUAUUUAUAUCAUAUAACACGUCGUGAUGCUCGACAUAAUUUUUCACCGUAUUUUUAUUUAACAUAUUUAAGACCAGAUAAUUCUCUUCUUCCAUUUGUUACAUUUAUUCCACAAAUAUUCAAUACAUUAGUAUUUUCCUGUCGUCUCUACGAUAGACUUGAACUUUGUCUAUUUGCAUUAACAUUUUCAUUUGUUACAUUUAAUAAAGUCACAACAUCGCAAUAUUUUCUUUGGUAUCUCAUUUUCAUACCAAUUCUAUUACCGAAUAUUUAUUUGACAUGGAAAAAAUUAUUUCUAUUGCUUGUGGCUUGGUUAGCAGCACAAGGUUGGUGGUUGUAUCAUGCGUAUCAAUUAGAAUUUCAAGGAAAAAAUACAUUUGCUCAAAUUUGGUUAGCAUCGAUUGUAUUCGGCUUUGUUAAUGUUAUCAUACUGUGUGCAAUUAUUUAUAAUUAUCGUCAGAUAGUAGUAUCUGUACCAACUCCAGCGGAAAAAUCGGCAUCUGAAAAAAAGAACGAUUAA